CACAGCCACAAGGACCCGGGUCCCCUGGUUUGUACGACGAGCGCGCGCGCGUGUGAAGUAUGUGCGUUUUUGCGGGGGUUCGUUUUGGGCCUACAACAGACACAACCUGCCGAAGGGGGGCCUAUCGUGAUUGAUAGUCGCGUGUGUGCGGAAAUCAAAUGCGAUUAGAGGGUGGACUGAAAUAAUUUUUUUCCAGGGCUCAAUAAGUGGUUGCGAGUGAAUGGUUUAAAUAAUUAAACGCAACGAAAAAACAAAAGUGAUUGAACGGGGCAAAAUUUUCCGGGUACAAUCGAGGGGAGAAGUGGGAGUAGUUUCCAUAAUCGAGUUUCGCCCGCUGUGUUCGUGUUCGAGAGUGAUGAAACAAUGUUACCAGCGCAAGUGAAUAAGAAUUCCACCAACGACGCACUUUUAUUACCGCUCAAAAUGUUGAAGAUUUUGGACGUUUUGAAAUGGCCAUAGGACAAAAAUGCAAAAUCAUUUACAGUUUGUGAAAAAUUUAUUCCAUAAUUGCUUCAACCAGCAGCACGCCAACAGUAGCUCCUUCAUGCGUGACGGUUCCAUUCUGUCCACAUUGCGAAACAACAAAGUCCACAACCUGCACGUCAGCAGCGAUCUACUGAAAGAUUACGAUCGCAAUUACGACGCCAUCAGUGCACGAAAUGACCGAAUAAAACUACCCGCAGUAAGAACUUUGGAUAUCAUUCCAAAGUCCAAAGACGUUCUGAACGGCGACUGGAUCCUCCGGUACUCGGAUUCAGAGACCAACCAGUACCCAUGGAGCGGUGAUUCUAGUCCGAACUUUGAUCUCGUCCCGUGGCGCAGAUCGAACCGCAAUCAAUCGCUCCUGACACAAUCGUCCACCUUCAAUUCCUCGAAACAAUGGAACGAAAGCAGAGAUAAACGAAUCCUGCAGCGUCUUCACAAAAUAGAAACCAAACAGGUCAAAAAACACCUCAAAGAAAGUCUUAAGUAUUCGAAACGAGUCAAACGCAUCCGAAUCAUGUUGUCGGUUGAGAUGCGCCAGAAGAACUACGAGGUGCUCCCGCCGAAGUUACUUCCCCGACGAUUCGUAAUAAAUCCCGCCAGCAUCAGCCGGCAAACGGCGAAAGAGAAUCACAUCACCCGGUUGACGGUGAUCGCGAUCGAGCAGCAGCAAAAAUCACGUCACUGGGGCUACUUCAGCCAUCGGCGAAAUGAAAAUUUCAAGGAAAAAAUCGCCAAACAGGAAGCCAUCGGCCAUCAUCGAAGAGCAUCGUCGAAACAGCAGCAGGUGGAGGUGGCCCCAAGCACAUCUGGGGCCUCCUCCGGACCCGUCAGCCGGGAUGAUGAUGAUUCGAUCGGUCUGAAAGAAAUCGAACAGCAUGUCUUCUGCAAGAACAUGAACGCAGUGAAAACGCUUGGCACCACCAAACGCAUAACUCCGUUCGUUCCGAAACAGCUCGAAAGUGAUAAAAUGAUAGUACAAAUGUGUAGACGGUGUCGAAGUAAGCGCGUGACAGUGGGGUGCUCCGGGUAUAACGAGUCCAGAUACCUGUCGCAUCUGGACUCGUCCCAUGCACAGAUGCUUGCCCCGAUGGAACGGCCGGCGGGUGGAGCCCUGGCGCUCCACUACGCGGCCGCCCGCGGGUGCCUCGACUGUGUGCGGCUGCUGGUGGAGGCGGCGCCCGACAUCAGCGCCAAUACCCAGAUGGACAACGACGUGACCCCGGUCUACUUAGCGGCUCAGGAGGGACAUCUUGAGGUGCUGAAAUUUCUAGUCCUGGAAGCCGGCGGAUCGCUGUACGUGCGAGCCCGCGACGGAAUGGCACCGAUCCAUGCGGCCUCCCAGAUGGGUUGUCUGGACUGUUUGAAAUGGAUGGUCGAAGAUCAAGGUGUUGACCCGAACCUGCGUGACGGUGAUGGUGCCACUCCGCUUCACUUUGCUGCCUCCCGAGGACAUCUGACCGCAGUUCGAUGGCUGCUGAGCCACGGUGCCAAACUGUCACUGGAUAAGUAUGGUAAAAGUCCCAUCAACGACGCUGCCGAAAAUCAACAGGUCGAAUGUCUGAACGCACUGGUGCAACACGGUAACCGAGAACCCGAUUAUAGUGAUUCGAAACAGCCAAAGCCAACCCAACGACAGCCAGAACAAAUUUACGGAUCACCACCACCGCUACUGGCUGCUCAAUCGGUGACGCCUCAGCAGCAGAAACGGGCUUCGAAAAAACAAACCAGCAGCCAUCAUCACUACAGCAAGAACAAAGCGUUCAACCACAACACGAUGAUGUCCAAGUCGUCCUCCGGCAGCUCAGACUCCGAGCCUUUCUAUCUUCAUCCACCGACAAUCCGGCAAACUAAGGAUGGCUUGUACACCCGCCAAUCCCCGGAUAGCUACUACGGAACGGUGCCACCGAACGACGGCGUCUACAUCAACCCGAUGCGCAAUGGUUCCUCGACGCCGCCCAGUCCCAGCGGAAGCGUCUCGGGCGAAUCGUUUUUCCUGCACGACCCGCAGGAGGUGAUCUACAACCGGGUGAAGGAUCUGUUCGAUUCCGACCUCAGCAGCACCAAGGACGAACGGGCCGUCAAUUCCCGAGCAAUGACAGUUCAAGUGGAAGUCCACUCAAGUAGCAGCGGUGCAGCCAGCGGUUCCGACGAGGAUCUCUCCGUGUCCUCUUCCAAUUCCAGUGCCCAGCGGAAGCCUCCGGAAGUGAAACGAAACGUUCCGAAAUCAACGAACGAUCACGAUUACGAGGACAUAUAUCUGGUCCGUGAGGAAGCACGCUACGGCACAAAAACACGGAACGGAGCUGGUCGAAGCCGAUCGCGAGACAGCGGUUCUCAUUCUCGAUCGGCUAGCGCCAGUUCGAAUCGCAGCAACGACAUCAUUAUGCAACUAACCAAUCAGACCGUAAGCAACAAAGAGCAGAUGCUGAUCAACAAGCGGAACAACAUGUACGAACAGCAAAACGCCAAACACCGAUACGACGCUGCGAUCAGCUACAAAACGACAAACCUGAGCAAAGCCAAUGCCAAAACCGCCAGCCAUCAUCAGUCGAGCCUUGAGCUGAGCCUGGCGUCAUCGCGUAACGAUAACGCGUACGAAAGCGUUUGCUCCCCGGAAGAUACCCACGAGCGAACGAAGCUCGCCCAGCGGCACUCCCUGCCGCAUGGUGGCGCCGCCAUCAACGGUACCAGCAGCAGCGCCUCCAACGGUGGCAAAUACGUGAAACGUAGCGGAUCGAUGAACAGAAGUGAAGCCCCAGUAGGACCCCCACCGCCACCAUUGCCGCCACCGUUGAAGGCACCGUCACAACUCUCAACUCACUACGGGCCCGGCAGUCAGACCAAGUCCGGCUCGAUGACGAACGGCAAUAAUUUCUAUCUGCACAAGCACAUGAACGGUGGCGUCGGCGGCGGUUCGCAGCAGAAUACGAUGAUCUUCAAUACCGGCAGUGCCAGCAGCGGUGGCACUACGGGUUCUCAGAACAACGCCCAGCACGAUUACUACAAUCAGCUACCCCAGCAACAGCACCAGAACCAGAAUGGUGUCGAAGGACCAGACUCCGAUUCGGGCCUGGAGGUGGUCGAAGAAGCGACGCUCAAACCAUCGGAUUUAAUUCGUGGAAACCACAACCGUAGUAUGUCCAUUAUUUCAGCGAACAAGAAAGCCAAACUCAUCGCGGGCACCGGCGGCAGCAUCAUCAGCAACAGUAACAGCAACAGCAGCAAUAGCAAUGGUAACGGAAACGGCAGCACUCUCCUCAGUCCGACCACCAGCUCGACCAAGGCAGUCGACGAUCAGUACUACGGCCAUCAACAGCUCUACCAGUCGCGCUCGAACUCCGCUCUGUCGACAUCCAGUCACGGUCCGAAUCUGGUGAACAAACAACUAGUGCUGCCAUUCGUUCCGCCGGCCUUCCCGAACGGAUCCGCCGACAACUCGAACCACCUGAUCAAACCGUCCGAGUACCUCAAGAGCAUCAGCGACAAAAAGUCUAAUGCUGGCUCCCAGAGAUCAUCCGACACCGAAGACUAUAUGCCAUUAAACGCAACCAUCACGGUACAGUCGGGACCGGAACCGCCAAAACCCCCGCCACCCCCGCCUGCGCCGCCUAUGGUGAAUCUGUUCCCCACCGGUGGCCCCAAUCGAGGCGACGCCAGUCAGACCGGAACGAUAAAAAGCAACGGCAGCAUUCCACCUCCGCCCCCGCCCCAGGACUCGACGAUACGAAAGCAGCAGCAGCCGCUGUCCGCGAUUUCGAUCCAAGAUCUGAACAGUGUGCAGCUCCGUCGGACCGACAAGAUGCUAUCGAAGACCUUCUCGGCGCCAACCCGCAGUAUGAGCAUGCAGUGUCUUUCCUCGACCAACGAACAGUUCCUCUCGCAGAAAACCGAUCUGAUCGCCGAGUUGAAGAUGUCGAAGGAUAUCGCCGGUGUUAAGAAGAUGAAGGUCGAACGGGCCAAGCUGGAGGAUAAGCAAGCAACGGAAGUGUACUCAGAAGUGGCACGACAAUUCACGGCCGCCAAUUACGUGGAUCAGUUAUUACAGGUACCGGAACGUGACCACGCUGGAAACAUCAUUCCGGACUGGAAACGUCAAAUGCUGGCGAAGAAAGCGGCCGAAAAGGCCAAAAAAGAGUUCGAGGACCGGCUGGCCCGGGAGGCGGAAGACCGACGGCUUUCGGCGAUACCCAAGUGGAAGCGUGAUCUAAUGGCUAGGAAAGAGGAAGCCGAAAAUAAGCUCAAAUCCUCCAUCUAUACGCCACGAGUGGAGGAUAGCCAACGGCGCACGGAUACCUGGCGUUCGCGCAUGUCCCAACGGGCGAUGUCGAUCGACAACAUUAGCAGCUACACGUCGCAGCACGAGGACUCGGUUAGUUCGCGCUUCAACAAGGAAAACAGUCAGACCAGUAACGGCAACGGUGUUAGCAACGGUAACAGCAACGGAGUGCACCAUACCAACGGAAACAGUCACCAUAGCAACAAUAGCAGCAACACCAACAUCAACGGAAACGGAAGCAAUGUUCAGAGCACCCGCAGCUCAAUGGAAAAUAUUAACAGCAAAAGCGAUUACCACCAUCACAGUAGCUCGCAUCCGAACGGUAACGAUGACGACGAUGACAGCGAACAAAUCAUCCCGUGGCGAGCCCACCUACGGAAAACCAACAGCCGCCUCAGCUUGAUUGGUUAAAUCCAUGGUUGCCUGUGCCUAGGAUAGUAGUUUAUUGUAUAAAAGUUCAUAGAUCCAUUAUAAAUACACAACAUAUUUUAGCUUAUUCAGUGUACACGUCGCGAACAACAUUUAAUUUUAUCACAUGAUGACAUUAUUUAAUUGCGAAAGUGUCUAUAAUUAUAAAAAAAAGCUGGCGUGCAAAUCAGCGCCACUGGCAUAUGUUAGAGAAGAAAAAAAACGGGAAGAAAAUUGUAAACAUAAAUCAAAGAUUUCGUUGCAAUACUAAUGUAGAAAAACAAUACUACUGUAAGAUUACUAUUAAAUAACAUGGGAAAAUCAACUUUCGCCUUUGAAGAUACGGUGAAAACAAUAAAAACUCGUUAAUAAUUGUGACACUUAGAAAAUGGUUACGUUGGAUAGUGAACGAAACUAUAUUGUGAUUAUUGUUAUGAGUUUCUAACGAAGCAACAAAUUUAGAUCUAUCUACUUAACAAAAAAAAAAGAAAAAAAAACAUCUGCCAAUAUACAAUGUAUGUAUUGUCGUCAUCAUCUGCGUUACUUUUGUACCCACCAUAAACUUGUUUUAUCGAGCUCUAAAAUUAUAACACAAAAAAAGUACACACUACUUAAUUCUCCAUUAUCAAUUUAUACACUGCAAAUUAGAAAAUAAUAGUAAGUAUCCUACGACCCCGUACGACAUUACAUCAACACAUGCUAGACCAUAUGCUACGCCAAUUAUCCAUCGUAUAGAAGAAGUAUGUAACGAUAAAAGAAGAAGAGAGAAAAAAAAACUCCCCAGCAUUCCAUUUCUAACUACAUAAGAAACUUUCAUAAUCGUUGAAUAGUUAUAAAAAUAAAUGUUUAUGGAAAAUCAAAUGUUUCUGUAGUGCUUUUCUGAUGUCAUUUGACCUAAACCAAUGCGAAGCUAAGUACUUUCAAUAUAGUGGCUAAGUAGCUUUCAAUAUAGUGGCAUGAAGUCAAAUCCUUCCCAAAAUAAAAACAAUACCCACAACAGCUGAUUGUUGGAACCCGCCAAUUUUGUAAAUUUCAUUGUUGUGACGAACAUUUCACUCCGCUCUCCACUCGCGUGCAGGUAUUUCGAGGCGAAUUUAAACAAUUUUGAUGUGUCUUCCACUUCC